GUUCGCGACGGUACUCACUCUCGCCCCAGUAGUGAAACCACGGCAAGGAUAUCAGUCGGAUGUGAACUAUUGGCUCUUUCCGUUUGUGUUGGUGGAUUUUUGUGUGUGUUGGUGGAAAAUUCUGAGUAAGCAUGGAAGAUGGAUACUAGCAUCAGCAAAGAAAAACGUAUAAUGGAAAACGCUUAAUUUUCCUCCUUUUCACCGUUUCCGCAGCUUUUCUUAUGGGUUGUGAAGUUUUAUUCGAGGGAAGUGUUCUUUGAGAUUGAAUUCCACGGGGAAGUGAUGUUUUGCUGAAUUUAAUCAAAGUGCUUCUUCUUCUGGGUUGCCUGGAAUUUCAUGAAAAAUCUCAAGUUCAACCUAAUCGAUGAGUGCUGGCUAAUGAUCAAAAAAGAAGGGCCAAAAUAAAUAAUAGAGCACACAGGAUGAGAGAAAAUAAUUCUUCGAAAUUUUGAGUUGUUAUGAUUUUAUGUUUGCAAAAGCCUUUUCUCUCUGUUCCCCCUCGUGCUUUUGCUCAAAAAAGAGAAGUGUGUGCUUGUUUGGUUGCUCUGUGGAGUGUCCUUUCGCACUAGUGUUUUCGUAUGCUUUCCACUGCCAGCUGAAUGUCAUCACGCCUCGUAGCCUCGAGUGUGUCAGUGAAGUGUUGUGUUUAUACCGAUAACCUCUGCUACCCCUUUGGAGCCCUCGAGAAGGGUGAAGAGAAAGAAUAACUCGCUGUUCCACAUAACCGGAAAAUACCCUGUCCGGAAGCGAUUUGGUGUGUGCUAUAGUGUAAAUUUGGAGCAAAAUAUCCAACGUGCCCAGUUCUGUCCAUUUUAGCGCUAUCAAAGGCUUUGGCCAGUGUCGAGAAACGAUGAUGCAGAAAGUGCAGCUGCGAGUGAAUAAUUUACGCAAAUUAAGGAAAAUAUGGAUACAAGUUUUCCUGCUCGUGUUGGUCCUAAAUGCGCAUGUGCUCGUUGUGACAUCUCAGCAGCAAUCUCAACAACAGCAGCAGCAGCUGCAACAACAACAAAAGGAAUUACAACAGCAGCAAUCACCGACCAAUUUACCGUCGCCACAGAAACGAGGCGGUAGCACCGACACAAGCAAGGACCACUGCAACAAAACAGUCGACAUCUACGAGGAUGUUGCCUCACCGGAGGUGACAAAUAUGAACCGAAACCGGCCGCUCACCUGCUGGUAUCGAUUCCGCAGCUUCCGAGGGGCACCGCGGGAUUUCGUCAUGCGGUUGAAUUUCAAAAAGUUCAAAGUUGGGAACCUGCUCAAUGCAACGCACUGCGAGGGUGGCUAUCUGCAGAUUGUGGACGGCAAUGGCAAAACCGACGUUUCGAAUCGACGUGAGCCGGGUCAGUUUUGCGGUGAGUCCGAGCAACCGCAAACAUUCAUCAGUGAAACAAAUGCCGUCAAAAUCGUCUUUCAUACCGAUAAUUUCACCGAUCAGACCUAUUUUGCUUUUGACUCCCGAGCGGAACAACAGAUGGAAGUGUUCAAUCGAUAUGGUCCUCAUCCGGAGCUCUACCCGAAUCGACGAGGCGAAGUGGUGCAAGGCUCUUACUGCGAGCGGGAAUUUCGCGAUUGCCGACUACAAACGUGCUACGUACAAUCACCCGCUUACCCGGGAAUUUAUCCGAGGGCGCUAAAGUGUCGAUACCGACUGCACACCAGAUUGCCCUUCAUCAAGCUCUACAUCCAGAACGAGCAAUUUGCCGUCGAUGGUCAGAGGUGCGAAAACAUCAUGACAUGUCCGAUGAAGGAGAUUGGAUCAGGAUCCGAGCACUGCCCGUACGACUGGCUAGCGGUUUACGACGGGAAAGACGAAAAAGCAUCGCCGAUUGGGAAGUUUUGCGGAAUGGGGAAAUUUCCUUUCAGCAUCAUAGGAACGUCACAACAUAUGUACGUUGAGUUCGUGUCAUCGCCGGCGGGCCCCCUGCUCAACACGGGAUUCCAUUUCAACGUAGGAAACUGGCCGGGUCAUGUGGAAACCGUCGGUACCAAGCACGGCGCCUGCGAUUGGCUGCUCAGCUCCGACGCACUGAAGGCAACGAGUGCUUCUGAAGGAAUUUUCCUCAGUGUGGCACAUUGGUAUCCACCCAACACGUCCUGCAGCUAUCACAUUCAGGGAAAUGAAGGGGAAGUUGUUCGACUGUAUUUUCCAAGUUUCCGUAUAAACCGCAUCGAAGCUCCCAUUAUCAAACAUGAAGAGGACUGUGCUGAAUCACUCACCAUCUACGAUGCCAACCACCCGGAUCCAGCACGGAUCAUCAAAACGUUCUGCGACACUUUUUCGCGGCCGAUGGAGAAGAUCGAUUUCGUGAGCACUGGCCGAUCGCUGUACGUUAAAUUCCUCAGCAAAACGGGAUCCUACAGUGGGAGCUCACUCUACUACUGGGCUCACUACGACUUCUUCAACAACUCCAAGUAUGGUGAUCCGGUGCAGAAUACGCUUUGUGAUGAAGUGUUCUACGCGUGGAAGUACAGCAAAGGGGAGUUGGGAUCGCCAAGGAACACGCUGAUAUACAAGCGAGCUGCCGGGAGCGAUGUCCGGUGCCAGUACAAGUUCGUCACGGAUAGGAGGCUGUACUCCAGAGUUGUUGUGGAGGUAUCGUCGGUUAUGUUCAAAGAGGUACCUUAUGCUAUGACCGCUUGCACUAGGUGUCACGAGGAGCGAGUGGAUAAAUUGAUUCUUUGGGAAGAGAAAGACAAAAACCAGAACCGAUUGGCAUGCUUCUGUGACAAUAUUCCUCGUCCCGUGCGAGUAAUCUCAUCCGGUGACCAGAUGAAUCUUGAAUUGAUUAUUCAAGGUCAGCACGCAACUUCGAGUUAUUUUAAACACACCCACACUUUGUUUGAGGCAAAUUACGAAUUUGCACAUGGACCGAUUUGCGGACCGAUUACCUUGGGUCCGUCUCCUGAUGGAGAGUUAGUGUUCCCUUAUAAGAACGCUUUGGGCAUUCAAUUGAAUGAGAACAGACGUGAGAAAUGUAUUUGGGAACUGAAAGUGGCUGCUCAGAGAGACUUGUGGCUGCACCUUGAUAAGGCUCGGUUUUCCGAAAAAAGUUGCGAUCAUGGUAGAAUCGAAGUUUAUCUCGCUGGAAGACUGGAACCUAGGUUCAUCAUCUGUCCGGAAAAUGUCAGCCUUGCUCGUGAUUUACCUAUUCUCUCAGCAGCGGAGUUGGGAGCGGUAGAAAAUGAAAACGAGCCACUGCCAGUGUUAAUCCAGUACACCGGAGAUAGCGCCAUUGGUAAAAAUGCUUUUAAGUUUGUAUGGACUGAGCUAUUCCACCUGCCGAGAAACGCCGACGGAACACUGGCAACGUCGUCCAUGUUCAAGGAUAGCUGUGACUUCUACUGUCCCGGAGAUCAACACGUAUGCAUUCCAGAGUACCUACUUUGCAACGGAGUUCUAAAUUGCCCAAAUGUAACGGGCCUCCGAGUAGUUGAGAGCAAUAUCGAUAAAAACUAUGAAUACAUCGAAGAAAACUACAUCCGUGCUGGAUUGUUCGAUAAAGAAUUCCUAUUGAAUAUACCAUACCUGACCGAUGAAGCACCGGAACUGUGCCGGACAAAAUACAUUCCCAAUACGGGUGACUACCCGGACGUGGUCGAGUGCUUCCAGUUUCCCGUCAUCCAGAUGGUGGUAGCUGGCGUUGUCCUAAGUACGCUGAUUAUUCUCGCCUUCACCAUUUACUGCCGACUGUACGGCCAAAAAUAUUACGACUGAGACGUGCUUUCUUCGGAAUGGAGUGGC